CUUCACACUCGAAGUACAGUUUGAACAGUUCUAAAUGGAAAGUUGUUCUUGUCAUGGUGAAAACAGUUAAUUCAUAUAAAUUAUUGACAAAACUUUAUUAUCCAAUUUUAACUGUGUGUCUUAAUGUGGUGUUUUUCUUGCUCUUUGUUGCCAAAUGCUCAUCAACAUUGAUUAUUAAUUAAAGUUAAACUUUGAUGAUAAGAAAAAAAAAGUUGAUUAACAAAACUUAAUCAAGAGUAUAAAAAAAAACAAGAUAGAAAAACAAUUUAACAACAACAAAAAAAAAUCAAAUUUCAACAAAAAGUUUCUCAAAAAACAGUCAAAAAAAAAGCGAUUACAAAACAAAUUUUAAUCAAUUGAAGACAAUGUUAGUUAAAACUAAUUGUAACCAUCAUAUUGAUUGUUACAAAAUGUUUAAUUACUCAAUAGGAUAUUGGAUUAGUGCAAUUAUUUGUUUAACAGCAACAGUUACCUGUGCCUAUGAAGUAACACCAUUUACAGAUCAACCUUUCGCAUCACUUAGCUACACUGCCGUUGUCCGUGGUAAGGCCGCUUUACCGUGUCAUGUGACGACAUCGACACCCGAUGAUUCAGUAGCACUCAUCUUGUGGUAUAAAGAUGAUGCCUUAGCACCAAUAUAUACAUUGGAUGCUCGAAAAGGUACAUUGGAUCAAGCACGAACUUUGACCGCGCCUGUACUUCAAGGUCGAGCCUUUUUUAACCUUCAUAAUCGACCUGCUUUUUUAAAGAUUGAUCCAGUUCGUUUAUCCGAUUCUGGUGAAUAUCGAUGUCGAGUUGACUUCAAAAAAGCUCGGACAAUCAAUACUGUAAUUAGUUUAAAAGUAAUCGUUCCACCGGAAGAGCCUACAAUAUCAAUCACUGAUGAUAUUAAUCUUAAAGGUUUAAUUGGACCUUAUAAUGAAGGGGAUACACUUAAACUCAUUUGCACAACAAUUGGAGGUAAACCUCGACCAUCGUUGACCUGGUGGCGUGAUAAUUUAUUAAUAGAUGACACAUUUGAAUAUACAGACAAAGAAGUGACCACAAAUCAGCUGACGAUAUCAUCUUUAUCAAGACAUCAUCUUUUAUCAAAAUUAACCUGUCAAGCGGUCAACAAUAAUAUGACCAUACCCUUGGCUACAUCAAUAACCUUAGAGCUCAAUUUGAAACCAACCGAAGUGCAUAUUACUCAAUUAUCACCGAUUCUGGUUUCCCUGAAAGAGGCAACAUUUGAAUGUAAAACAAUAGGAUCAAGACCAAAGCCAAACAUUUAUUGGCUUUUUGAUGGUAAAAAACAUUCAACUGGAGUAUCAGGAGAUCAAGUGGUUACCAGUCGGAUAACAAUUAACGUAAAUAAAUCACAUAACGGUGCAAUGUUAUCAUGUAUUUCAGAAAAUCCUAAAAUAUUAAACUCCCAGAUAACUGAUCAGUUACAAUUAGAUAUUCAAUAUAAACCUCAAGUUAGACUUGAAUUUGGUGCACCAACAUCAUCAUCAACAGUAAUUCAGGAAGGAAAUGAUGUUUACUUUGAUUGUAAAAUAAAUUCCAAUCCUAAACCAAUAAAAUCAGUUCAAUGGAGAUUUAAUGGCAAUCAAUUGUCACCUAAACAAGGAAUCAUUCAGAGUAAUCAAAGUUUGGUUUUGCAAAAAGUUUCUCGUCAACAAAAUGGUCUCUAUCAGUGUAUCGUUACAAAUUCCCAGGGAACUGGAAUAUCAAAUGAAAUUAAUCUCGAGAUUCGAUUUGCUCCUGUUUGCCUUUACAGUUUCAUAUUAACUUAUGGACUUGCCUUACAUGAAUCGGCUGUGCUUCGUUGUUACGUUGAAGCAAAUCCUGAGAAAGUUUCAUUCCAAUGGCGAUUCCAGGAUAAAUCUGAUCCUUUGAGCAGCUCAAUACAAUCAAAGGGAAAAUUUUCUGAUCUUAUAUAUACUGUUAAUUCAUCCGAUGAUUAUGGUAUCGUUUAUUGUAUAGCCAAAAAUGAUAUUGGAUUACAACGUAGCCCCUGUAAAUUUUUAAUUAAACCAGCAGUGCCACCAGAGUUUCCUUAUAACUGUAAAAUAGUUAAUCAAUCAGAUGAUUCACUUUUAAUAAGCUGUAUCUUCAUCGGUAAAUUAAUCACUCCAACAAUUAAUAAUAACAAUAAUGCUCAAUUUCUGGGUUCAAAUAGCCUUAAAAAUGAUGAUGCCUUAACACCGUCCUCUUUAUACUCAAACUUAUCAUCAACAACAUCAUCAUCAUCAAUAAUAACAGAAAUAACUUCAUCAUCAUCUGUAAUGGACACAAACAUAUCAUCAUCAUCAUCAUCAUCAUCAUCUGGGCAACAAUCAAAUAGUAUAACUGUUCAUCCGAGGACAAUUUAUUUUGCUGAAGUUUAUACAAAAAAUGACCAAAUCCUUGUUUCCAAUGUAACCAAUACAAAUUCAGGUUAUUAUUUUAGUGGUAAAGCUAAUGUUGGAUCAUCAUCUAGAUCAAAUGAAUUACCGUUAUCAUCAUCAACAUCAUCAUCAAUUAAUUUCCUUACCAGUUCACCUGAGCUUGGUGAUACAGCUGAUCCACUGGAAAUGAUUGAAUCAUUUUCACGGCCAAUUGAAUUUUUCAUAACCUCAUUGGAAUCAUCAACUUUAUUCAGUAUCAAUAUUUAUGCAGUUAAUUCAUUUGGCCGUAGUGAUAAGAUUACAUUGGAAGGGUCAACUUUAAGGUCAGCGGAAAAGUUGGUCGAUAGUUUUGCUGAUAUUGGAUUAGGUGAUUAUGGUUCAACCAGUGGGAUUGGAGGUGGGUCAAGUGUGGGUGUUAAUGGUUUACGUGUUGGUGGAACCACAAAUGAGGGAUUAAAGAAAAGUUCAUCUUCGGCUGCAUCGCCAUUUGGAUUAUCGGUUGAUGAUGGGGUCACUUUACUCAGAGGAAUACCCUUGUUGUUAAUACUUCUCAUCGGUGGUAUCAUUACCGUUUGUGGUACCGUUUUCCUUGGUAUUGUGGCCAUUUUCCGUCUUCGACGAAAUAUUUUGGUCAAUGGUGAUAAUUCAAGGGGUUCAGGGAAAGUUGAAGGUGGAAAAGUAGCCAAUGGUGGUAAUGGUAGAGGUGGAGAUGAUAAUAUGAGUGUUACAGAGCGGAUUUCCGGUUCCUCUAUUGUCCAACCGGAAUUAUUAACACUCACUUCACAAUCAUCAAAUGCAACUCAUCAUCUAAAUCAUUUGUCAUCAACUAAUGGACUAACCACUAAUAAUGCAAUCAUGUUUCGUGAUGAUGAUGAUGAUUGUUACUGUGAUAAUACAAUUUCUGAAUCACUAUUAAUAUCUGGUAAUGUUAAUCAUUCUCAUAAUAAUGAUCAUCAUCAUCUUUCUUAUCAUCAUCAUCAUCACCAAUCCUCCCUGCCCAAUGCUAAUCAUCAUCAUCAUCCUAACUCUCAUCUUAAUCAACACAAUCAAAGGCAAUCAAAUGUUCAACUACACCGGAUUAAUGAAUCACCAAAUGACAAUGGUACUAAUAAUAAUAACGAGGGUCAACUUGGUGGUUAUGAUAAUUUCAAUUCAGAAAAAGGUCCACCUGAUAUUAUACCUUCAAUUGGUUAUCAAGCAGGAGGCGGAAAUGGAGGUGAAGAAGGAAGAGGAAAUAUGGAGAAACAAUUUCUAGCUUAUGGAUAUUCGGAGGAUUUGGAUCAAUCAAAUGGCAAUAAUAUCGUUGAAUAUGCUGAGCUUGCAUUCCCUGGAGGUGGACCAUUGAAUGCUAAACUAUCUUCCCAUCAGGUCAUUUUCCCGUUGCCCGGAGGUCGUUUAAAUCAAGUUACAUCUUCAAAUAAUAACAUUAACAAUUUGAACAACAAUAAUAACAAUUUAAAUGUGACAAAUAAUAAUAACACCACCAAUCAGAUUGUUAAUCACCCUGAACGGAUUGAAUAUGCAAAGAUUGAGUUUCAAAAAAACUCUCGUGUCAAUAUAAUCACUUCUGGAAGCCCGAAAUUUGAAUCAACUGUUUAAUUAGCUGAAACUUUAAUUAGCAAAUUAAAUCAAUUAACAUUAUGGUCAACAGGAAAUAAAAAUUUGUCACAAUUUGCCAACAAUCAAGAUUUGAUCAAUUAUAUGAGAGCUUCCAUCAGACUAAUGAAAUCAAAUUUAGACACAACAAUUAAUUAAUAUUUGCUAAUUGUUGAAAUGUCAACUCUUUUUCAUCUCUUAAUCCAAACCAUUAACUACCUCAAUCUUAAUUGUAAAUCCAUAUGAUUAACUCUCAAAUGGAUUAACCAACAUGUUUGACAAUAUGAUUUAAAGCAAAACAUAAUUAAUACAAUUAAUUAAAACUUAUCAAACUUUUUUUGUACCUUUUCAGUUUAAUUUUGAACAGAAUUUAAUUCAGUUUCCAAAUGAUUAAUGAUUAUAUCAUCUAUGCUCAUGUAAUUUAAAUUACUAGAAAUUUAAUUAUUUUUUCUAGAUUAAAAAUUUUCUAUU